AUGGCAGCGACGAUGGACCAGGAUUUGGAAAAAUCCAUAGAGGUGGUGGCCGAUCCCACCUCGAGUCCCGAUCGGAGCGCGCAGGGCGAGAACAAGGUCGAGGCAGCCGAAGGUGAUGAGGUCCCGGUGACUCCAGCUGUUAAUCCAAUGGACCCAUCUCAGUUCCCGGAUGGAGGACUCAAGGCCUGGACGGUCGUGUUUGGGGCUGCAUGUGGCAUCUUUGUCAGUUUCGGCUGGAUCAACUGCAUCGGUGUCUUUCAGGAAUACUAUGAAACGCAUCAGCUCAAGCAAUACUCGUCGCAGGAAAUCGCGUGGAUUCCCUCCCUCGAGGCGUUCAUGAUGUUCGUCGGCGGUCUCUGGGUCGGCAGAGUGUAUGAUAACUAUGGUCCUCGGAUUCUCCUUGUGCUGGGCACGUUCCUGCACGUCUUUGGCCUGAUGAUGGCCUCCAUCUCCCACAAAUACUACCAGUUCUUGCUCUCCCAAGGCGUGUGCUCCGCGCUGGGCGCCUCGAUGAUCUUCUACCCCUCCAUGUCUUGCGUCGUGACGUGGUUCUUCCGCCGCCGUUCCCUCGCAUUGGGUCUUGGAGCCACCGGGUCGAGCAUCGGCGGUGUCAUCUUCCCGGUCAUGGUUCAGAAACUGAUCCCCGAGGUGGGGUUUGGCUGGACGAUGCGCAUCUGCGCUUUCUUGGUUCUGGGGUUGAUGAUCCUGGGGAACCUGACUCUCGUUAGUCGCAUCCCGCCCAUGGCAAAACCCGUGAGGCCCAUGGACUUUGUGAAGCCCUUUCAGGAGGGGAACUUUGCUUUGCUGGCUUUUGGGAGUUUCUUGUCUUUCUUAGGUCUGUUCCUCCCCUUCACGUUCAUCAUCCUUUCUGCCCGCGCUCAGGGCGUUCCGGACUCUCUCGCCAAAUAUCUGGUCGCAAUCCUCAACGCCGCUAGCACAUUCGGUCGUACGAUCCCGCCAUUCUUCGCCGACCGACUCGGCCGCUUCACAGUCUUCCUCUCGGUCACGCUGCUCUCCUCUCUCAUCACCCUGUGCCUUUGGGUAACUUCUUCCGGCACGGCCGCCACCGUCGUUUUUUGUCUCAUCUUCGGCUUCAGCUCCGGGGCCGCCGCCAGUAUCUUGCCCAGUUGUGUGGCGCAGAUAAGCCAUAUCAGUCAGAUCGGCGUGCGGACGGGGUGUUUGUUCAGCGUGGUCGCGGUGGCGGUGCUGGUCGGAUCCCCGAUCGGGGGCCAGCUGAUCACCAACGAUGGAUACAGGAGCAUGCAAGGCUUCAGCGGUGCGAUGUUGGCAGCAGGCUCUGUGGUCUAUGGCAUACUCUGGAUCAAGCUUGGGGGAUUGAAGGGUAAAAGGGUAUAA